AUGGCUGAAGGCGGUGAACGUAGUGAAGUAAAGGAAGAAGUAUUUAGGGUUGGCGUGCGAAUUCCUCCAUUCUGGCCAGAAGAACCUGUUCUGUGGUUUGCCCAAAUUGAGGGCCAGUUCGUUCUUUCCAAAAUCAACCAAGAUGAAACAAAAUUUUAUUAUGUGAUUGGCCACCUUGAACUAAGAUAUGCCUUAGAGAUAAAAGAUAUUAUAACUAGUCCACCAGCUACUAAUAAAUAUAAGAAACUCAAAUCGGAAUUAAUAAAGCGCCUUUCAGCUUCACAGGAAAAGCGUAUACAAAAGCUACUGACUCAUGAGGAGCUAGGUGAUAGGAAACCGUCACAGUUCCUGCGGCACCUACAGGAUUUGGCCGGAUCUUCUGGUGCAUCGGAGUUCGUUAAAACAUUGUGGACAAAUCGUUUGCCACAUCAUAUACAAACAGUUAUCGCCGUUCAAACUAAUUUACCUUUAGAUCAACUUGCAGAGAUAGCUGACAGGGUAUACGAAAUCGCUCCAGCGGCACCUCAGGUAGCCAGUACUUCUGCCGCGCCCUCUCUUCCAACCACGCCUGCUGCAACGACGCCGUCGUACGGAGAAACAUUGACGGAAUUGACCAGGCAAGUAGCUUUGCUCACUACUCAAAUGAACUCCAGACGUCGUCAUUUUCCGCGCCCACGCUCACGCUCAAGGUCUAAACCGAGAAGGUAUGACAACUCACAUAAUAAGUCAGGACCGAAACAACCACCACCAAAUCACCCUCAUUGUUUUUACCACUACACCUACGGAGCCGCAGCGAAGAAGUGCAAGGAGCCCUGCACCUUCAAUUCGGAAAACUUCAGGGGCAGUCGCAAGUAG